GGCCUUAGGCUGAACGCUCACGGGUUAGAAGCCUUCAUUCAUAUCUCAAAUGAAAAUUUUGAUUUGAGAAUGUAAAAUUUUGGGAUCCAUUAUGUGUAACAAUGUUGCUCUUUUGACUUCCACACAAAGGAAAUACAUUGGCAUUUUUACCAACCUGGUGUUUUUCAUCUGUUUCACCUGCUGCACAUAAAAGCACAAAUCUUGCCAAAUACCCAUAAAAAGAAACAGAUAAAACCCAGGAUACAUAGAUGGAAAGAGAGCGAAGAUUGCAUAUUGCAUUGCAAGUGCGUAUUGGGUUAGGAAGAUAGUGUAAGAAAGCAUGAGUUGCUCUUAAUAUAAGCAACACUAGAAUAUGCAUUCUUCAUCUCAAUUGAACCUAAAAAUUUAUUUGUAAUCAAAGAUGAAACAAGCAAACUUCAAGCCCCUGCAGUUUCUGGUGUUCAUGAUGGCAAUUGCAUGCUUUCUGGAGCAAGGUAAAGCCAAGUUCUGUUCUAACAGUCUAAUUUCCUCUCUUGUUCAGCUAAUUCCUUGUAGGCCUGCACUGUCUCCAUUUCACCCGAUUCCCCCAAGUAUUCUCUGUUGCAAUGCCAUCAAAACUUUGGGCCAGUCUUGUCUUUGUGCACUGUUGGAUGCUCCCCCUGUUUCUGGUGUUGAUUACAACCUGGCCAUGUCCCUGCCUCAGAAGUGUGCUACAAAUUUCGACCCAUGUUUCUAGAAGUUGGGAAGAUGGUGGGUGUGUGUGAAGAUGUUGAAUAAAACUGCUUAUGAUGUUUAGAUGUUUAGAUGUUAUGGCUGGAUAUAUGUUUUAAGUAAGAAUAAAUGUUUGUUUCAACUUUGGGAUGAAAAUGACUUUGGUU